CUAAGUAAGCAAAGGACUGAAUUUGGUUUCUUGUUUUUUUCUGAAGUAAUAUUAAUUUAACUACGUGAAGGGUUCGUGAAAUCUAGCAUAAUGUCUGAGCAAAUGAAGUAUAUUAUAAAAGAAGUAAACGCCACUUUAGGGCGUAAUUACGAUUUGAUAAAAUUCGACGCUUUAAAUGAGAAGCAACUUUUACAGUUGCUUGUGGAUCUACUUGUGAAUUUUAAUGCUGGGGAAAAGUUGGAUGUAAAUGAAGACGACUCCGAGACGGUGUCACUACGUUUGCUAGAGAUGUUGGGCAGUGUGAAGUACCGCCCCCCGGGAGGAGUUGAACCGACGCGGUUUAGAGCACAGCUGCUGGCAGGUGACGCCAGGACCAUACAUCAUGUGCUGCACUGGCUCUUGACUAAUAAGGAACAAGUUAAGAAUACGGCGUAUCUUGCUAAAUAUUUAAAAUUGCCAGACAUUCCACCGGACGUGGCACGAAAUAACAAUAUUCAGGACCUUCUUGACCUGUACCAGAACCUAAUUGAUGAGUUUAAGGACGUCCACAAACGAACCAGGUUGCUGCAGAAAGAAAAUGCCUCGGAAAUUAUUAACGACAUCAAGGAGAUGGCACUUGAAAGGGACAUCGUGAUAAAAAGAUUAGAGAACGUGCAAGUUAAUUUAGUUGAUAUAAAUGACAAGGAGGAGAUUUUAAAUAUUAGCAGAGCGCUGAGGGUUCAGCAAGAGAAGGCAAAAGAGCUUGAAAAUCAGUACGAUGCUCAGCAAUCACAGUUAAAAAUGGCGUCGGAUCAAUUAAAAAGAUACCUGAACGUCAUUCAUGGUCAGAGUGCUACUCCGAAAACUGUAAAUGAUGUCAUGAAACGUUUACAGGAAGAAGUUCAGUUAAAUAGUUAUUUGGUUAAAGAGAAAUUACCGCAAGAGACCACUAGCCGCCAGAAAGAAUUGAAUAUUAUGCAAAAGAUUGCUGCAGAACAACAUCCUACUCGCUCAGAUUUAGUUGCAGUGCAGGACAAGAUCGCAAUAGUGAACAGUGAGAUGGAGCACCUAGUUCAGCGCAAGUUAGCGACGGCGGGGCCCCAAGAGGACAAACUGGCGCCGUUUCGACAGCAGGCAGCCGUCAUACGCCGCAACAAGGAGGCUAGCGCCGACAGAGUUCGCGAACUCGCCAACACGCUUAAAGAUCAUGAGGCUACGCUAGCUGAUUUGCAGUCUCAGGUCAGACAACUGUUGGGGGACACAGUCCUCAGAGGAGAAGAAUUAAAGAAAUACGUUAAUUCUCUACGCACAAAGAGCACCGUGUACAAAAGGCAAAGAGCCAAUCUCUCAACGUUCAAGGUCGAAGCCGGUAUCUUGGCUAGAACGAUACAUAUUAUUAGUACUGCGGACCCAACUGUCGAAAUGGCGCUCCUAAAUCACAAGAAACUGAAAAUAGAAGACGAAGAAACAAUGGAAAGGAAUCUAGAUAAAUCUGCAGAUUUAACCAAAAAGUCUUUACAUGAUUUGUCUCAGCUCGUCGCACAAACCGCCCAAAAGUUAUCGCAAGUCCGUCAAGAAAUCCAGCCCCUCGCUGACAAAAUAAAGCCAGUCAAGGAGGAGUUCCAAACAGUCCAACAACAGUACGAACAGAAGAAAAGGGUUUACGAAGCCACAUCCAUCAACAUAACCUCACAAAUGGAGCCUCUCAAGAAUCAAGUAAAGGAGUUGACUGACCGCCUCAAUAGCAAGGAGGAUGAAUGGAAAAACUUACGACAAAGAAUCACAAAGGCGGAAACUUUGCAAGAAGUCGUAAUGUUUGAAAUGAAAAAUUCAAUGCAGUCCCCCAGGAAACCUUCUAAAAUGGAGGCUUUGAAGAAGAAAGUUGCAGACACAGAACUAAUUGUAAAGCGUCUAGAAGAGGAGCAACAAGCAAUCAGUUCUCGCCAAGGAGCAGUAGAGGAGCAGACCAAGUUGUGGGAGAACGCUCUGCAACUGUUGCGGUGUAAGAUGCGCGCACGCAGCGAGCCCGCCGCACGGCAGGGACGCAUGCAUAUCACGCAACAUUCACAGAUGCUGACUCUUACUUAAGAAGACAUCAUUAUUAUUCUAUUAUUAUAUCUUAUAUCCCACAGUCAUGUAGUGUUUGAAAAUUUGAUCUAUUAAAUUAUAACUGCACUA